CGACCGAACAAGAGGAUGUCGCGUCCAUGGUCAACAUCUGACGCUUCAAUUUCUGGACCAAUUGUACGCAGAUCUACAAACUUCCGAAUGAUUUUGGAACUUUCUAGGAAUUAGCUCAGGAUAUAUUCUCACAGAAACAUUACAAUCAUCAGGAAAAUUGGUGUAUUGACUGAUGUCGGAGACCCAUAUCGAAGUGAAAAAUAUAAUAUUUGAUGUUUCGAAGUGUAGUUGUUGAUACCGGUACUUCGAAAAGUUUGAGGAGCCAGGAGUGAAAUUUAUUAUCGCACGGAUAAUGUGCCAGGAGUAAGCCGAAGCUUGGCGGGUCAGAGCUCAGAGAAAGCCAAGUUGCGGAGGAACUCGCCGUGACUUUUGGAAACGAACUUAAAAAGCUGCUGAUUUGAGAAGUUUACGUAGAAACGAGGAUAAACUAUUCCUACAAAAUGAAGACGACGGUAUUCAUAGCAGUGAUGGUAGCCGGGAUAGCCUACGCGGUGGGCGUCACCGUCUUAUACGAGAGGUGCAACGAGAACAAGUGUGUCUCACGAGUCAGCAAGUGUCAGCUGACUGGGGCUUGCGGUUGCACGCUGGACAACUGCACUUGCUGCGUGAACUGUACUCUCUGUCUGGCAGAGCUGUGGGACGAUUGCUGCUCCUGCGUCAAUAUGUGCAAACCACGCAACAUGUCCGCAACGGAUAUGGCUAGCUACAGUACCAUUCACGACCUCCGGGUGGAUUCUGGUAUGGCGGAUAUCCUUUUUAACGCCCUCACCGAGCACGACAAGCCACACCCUGAUGCUCAUUGGACGGUGGAGAGGGUUACGCCCCAGGAGGAGGGAGUGAUCUUACCAGGCCUCGCAGGACCCGACAAUAGUGAAUCAAGAGAUAACUCACCGGUGGAAUCAUCACCGAGCACCAAGCCUGCGACAUCAACAGCCGCAUCAGCCAACGAAACCAUCGUGCCCAUGGACACCUGUACAGUAGCUUAUAUCAACAUUUGCCUCGGACUUAAGAAGUGUGAAGACGCUUGCGAACACAUGGGGGCGGCAAAAUAUAGAUGGUUUCACACGGGGUGCUGUGAGUGUGUCGGAAGCACGUGCCUCAGCUACGGCAAGAAAAAAGCUCUUUGUAGGGAUUGUCCCAAUGAUUAAAAACUGCCAUCAAUGUACUUUAGAUCUUGGGAAAGAUGUGGAUUCCAUGCCGAGUUGAAUGAACAUUGAACAAAGGAAAAGAUGAUUUUGUUUUCUUUUUCACUAUUGUGUUAACAAGCAUUGUGUAUUCAUAUAAAAUGGUAAUGCAGUGAUUUACUGAGGAAAAUGACAUGCAAGUGACCUUAUUCAGUUUAUAUCAAACAAUAUAUUUGGGGCAAGAAUUGGAAGUGACUCUUAAAAUUAAUAUCAAGAUCUUAACUUUGAGAAUGACCGAAGACACUUAACUAAUUUUACCUUUAAAAAAACCCAAACAUUUCUUAUUUGAUGAUGUAGUACACACUUGUAAAUAAGAUGAUUCCCAUGUGUGUUGUAUGUAGCAAAGUAAAUCAAAAUUGAACCAAAGGGGAACAAAUAUAUAUCUGUUAAACUUCUCUUUCUAAUUGCAAAAUAUGGUUAAAUCACACUUAUGCUGUUCUUGACACAAUUCAUUUUAGAUAAACUUGCAUUCAACAAUAUACCCAUUGAAUUUUGGACGUUGGCUUUCAAUAAGAAUUUCUUUUUGAUAUCUUCUACUUAGUGCAAGGGGUAUUUUUAAUGACCAAUAUUCACUUUCUUCCUAUUUUAUGAGGGUUUUUUUUUUACAAUCUAUUUAAGAUAUUUUAACUCCUAUUUUGUACAUAUGUGAUAUAUUUAUUAGAAAUUGUCUAGAAUGUACAGUUUAAUAACUAAUAAUGUGAAAAAUUAAAGAAGUUUGGGGUAAACUUAAUGUAAUAUUGUGUGGAGAAAGCUUAUGGUGCUUUUGCCCCAAAUAUUUUUUUAUGUCAAUGACUUUGUCUCAAACAGAUGAUUUUUUAACAAUUACCUUUUAAGGAUGUUUUUAGCAUCAUGUUCCAUUCAUUUACAAGUAAUAUGUUUGGAAAACGUUUUUGUGAGAAAAGUGAGGAAAUCAUGUAAUUCAGUAUUAGUUAUGAUAUUGAUUCAAAACAAAGGCUUUCAUCAAGUGUAUUUUAAACCAAGAUAUUUUUCUUGAUAUUUUAUGAAAUUUUCUGUUUUGGUAAAAGAAAAUUGAAAGAAAAGGGGAGAAACCAUUAUUAUUAUUUUUUUACAAAUUAACAACUCAAAUCACCUUUAGGGGUCUUAUUUGAGAUGCUAAAAUAGGGAAUAUGUCUUGAAAAAAUACUAGAGAUUUUUCCCUUAUAGUCAUGUUAUUGCCUCAAAUAAUAUGAAAUGUCACAUGAAGGAUAAAUUAUGCUUGUAAAGCCAUUACAACUCACAUUUCUUGGUAAAUUAUUUUUUAAAAUUCAAUGUUCAUUAUGAUUUCAAUAAUUCAGUAUUGGCAUAACAGCUCAAGGAAGGGGGUAUCACAACCUGAAAUUAUUAAACAAGUAUGAUUAUUACAAUAACAUUAUUUUCACAUUCUUUAUUUUAAUAAAAAGGACACUCAUGAUAACUGUUAACAAAACAAAUGUACAUGUAAUAAGUUGAAUGAUUGUGACCAACAGGGUUUAUAAAACUUUCAUUUGAUAUACUCUACCCUCAAUAAAGAAUAUGAUUUGAAAAUAGAUUAGAUGUUCACCUCUGGUAAAAGAAAAAAAGGUGCUGCUUGCUAAGUUUUGAUUAAUGAAAGGAUCUUUUACCAACCCUUUCACGUACCCAGGUUAAUGGUUUUGAAUCCUCAUGAUAGAGACUCACAACAAAAUUAUUUUUUGCAAUAGUUUAGACCAAGGCAUUUUAAUUAUUAGUUUGGUAUUGAUGUAACCAUCUUAGUAUUAUUCAGCUCAAUAUUGGUCGAUAGCAUUAAGUGACCUUGCAAAUUUUCCACCAUGACAUCAUGCUUCUGUAAAGUCUGAACAAAUUUUUUUUCUAAAACUGUAGGGAUAUAUGGUAUCUUUUGUAUAACACUCGUGGCUGAUAAUAUUUUUAAGAAGGAAAUAAUGUUUUGUUGAAACGUUUCCUACAAAAGUAUUGGAAUUAUUGUUUCCCAGCAUUUCUGAGAGCAUUAUGUUGUAAGCUUAGUCACCAAGCAGGUGUAUACUAUGUAGGUGUGUAGUUCAAGCUUAUCUAAUUGGACAAUUUAUGAAGGAAGCGCCUGUUGGCUCAGGCCAGUCAGUUGUCGCUCAAAAUUCAACGAUGGCCGCAUUUUGGGCUGGUUAUUGUCUCUACUUAUGACAAGUCUAGGUCUGAUAAACUAAACAGUAUGUUAGUUAGUCAAACCAUUCAUGAUGAUAAAGGGGUUUUCAUUGUUUUUAUUGUAUAAUAUUACAUUUAUGUCAAGGAAAUUACACAUGUUUUUUAUUUAUUUUAGUUUUCAAGGGGAAGUUUUGUACUCAAGGUCUGAAGAAUUGAAAGGCUGAAAUCGUUUUAUCAUGUAUCGAAACUGCUGAAUAUUGACUGUCGAGUGUGAUCUUGUCCAUAUUUCUUACAAUACAAAUCUGUAUGACCAGAUGUAUAGUAACAGGAAAGUUUGUGUUUGUUUUGAAAUUACUCUUUGUGUGAUUCAUAACUCUUGGGCAUGAAAUCAAAAUCAAAGUUAGUUAUAAUGUUCAGCAGAGACUGCUAUUACCAGUUAAUUUUUUUAGUUUGAAAAUGCCCAACAAUCAUGAACAAAACAAGUCGAUUUUACAAGAGCUAUUGAUGCAUUUGUUGAUGGCUGUUUAUUUCUAAAGGAUGCCUUUUGAAUAGCACAGUUGGACUCUUGAACAGAAAGACUGGUCUCUUUUUAAAUUACCAAUCUCUAGAAAAGUGAAGAUUUUAACCACAAAGGGAAGUAACUUCAUUAAAAUUGCACCUGUGGUUUAUUGUUUGCUGCCCAUUUUUGGUACUGCUUUUGUUGAAAAUGUCUGGUCAAAUUAAGAUUGCUUUAGAUUAGAUACAUAUCACUGUUUCUUUGUUUACACACUUCAUUGCAUGCAUUCGGAUAUUGCCCUUUUUGUUAUAAACAGAGUUCCUCAGUUCUACACAUUCAGAUUUCACCCAGUCAAGUCUAUGAACUAUUUGCAGCUUAAUUUGAUAACAUUUUAUUCCUCAAAUUGGCAACAUUGAUAUUUUCCUUUCAUUGCUACAUUUUCCUUAUAAAUUUCAUUUAUUAUAAUGAAAUGGAGAUAGAUAGAGAAUGCCUACAAGUUAAAAAUGUGUGAAAUCAUUGAUUUUGACGUGGUUUAAAUCCCAUCGCCAAUUUAGGGAUUUUAGUGAUCAUUUUCAUUCAGAAUUUUGUUACCUUAGUUUGAGUUGAAAAUAAUGAUGCAUUAGAAAUGGGCCCAGUGUAUUCUUCUGAUGUAUUCUACAUGUUUUUUAAAGGUUGUGCAUUUAACUCUUUGGGCCAAACUACUAAAUGUGGUUAAUAUUUCUGAACUGCAGACUUUAGUGUUCCACAUAAAGAAAAAAUUAUAUACCCCCGGUAUCGGAAGUAACUCGACAUACACAAAAUGCAUUUCAGGAAUUGUCACCCUUGCUCAAUGCACUUGGAGCCAAAAUGGGGAACGACAACGACGAGGGCAGAUGUUGAAUGCAUUUAGACCAAUUUAUAAGGCUUAUUGACAUACCUGCGUGGAACACUCGUUUCCUUUUCAACAACCGAUCCUCUGUGCACGAAACCUCGUGAAUGAAUUUGGAUGACAAUCAAGUCCGGGUUGGCAGACUCACCCUAGCCAAACCACAGCAAUAUUACCCCCUACCCUCCACUGUCAAUGCUCCACCUACCCUUGUUUGUUUUGAAUUUUUAUGGCGAGAUAUAUUAUUUUUUUAAUAACUUUCAAUAUUGGGGUUUCUUUUUAAGAACACUGAAGCAAUAACUUUUCUAACACAAAUUUUGUAUUUACUCAUUUUAAUCUCUUGUUUCAUUGGGGAGGCUAUUUAUGCAAACCAUUAAUGUUCCUGAAUAUUUUGUUACACAUAUUUAUAUUUAUUCAUUAAUCCUAGAAAAUUCCUGGAAAUUGCCUUAGUUCCAAAUAGAUGUGCUUCUAUAGGAUUGAUUUUUUCCCAUUUCUUCUCUUUUUAAAGCUUUAUGCUGCUACAAAUCUUCAUAAAAAAUAUCUUUUUAGUCAUAUACAUUUAGGAUGAUUAAUACCAUUGUGACUUGAUAAUCAAGGAUUCAUGUUUCUUUAACUACGAGUCAUAUCUCUGUGUGUGGCAUUUCUUAUAAAGUUUUCAUAAAGUUCAUUUUGAUUGGCAAUGUUGGCAAUAUUAUUAGUGUUUUAGAUGAGCAACAGAUCAAUGUGUCAUGUGCCAGCGAAGAAAUGCUACAAAGUACGUUGGUGAUUUGUCACACACUGAAAUUGUAUGAAAAUGACUCCCCGUGGUGUAAGACAUGCCUAUCUGGUUAGUACAUGUAUCUUUGCAAUAAUACUGUUAUCGAAACUCAUGGUCAUAUGAGAAAUAUUGAGGUUGUGCAUGCAUUCCCAUGUGACAUAGAUAUUGAGUUGUCACUAACUCAUCCCAACUUGACAUCCACUCUUAUGGUAGUAAGUAGUCAGGCAAUAUUAUUUUGA